AUGGUGAUAAAAAGCAGAUGUGAAGAAGACAUGUUCUUAGAUAUUGAAGAGACGUUCAAAACCCUUCGGUCAAUCAACAUGAAGCUGAAUCCCAAAAAAUGUUCUUUCGGGGUAGAAGAAGGCCAAUUCUUGGGCCAUGUGAUCACUAAGGAAGGUUUUAAAGCAGACCCAGAAAAGGUUAAAGAUAUUCAGAAUAUGAAGCCUCCGCAAACCCUUAAGGACGUGCAAAGUCUUAACGGAAAAUUGGCAGCCCUCUACCGUUUUCUUUCAAAGUCCGCGGAUAGAUCGCUUCCUUUCUUCAAAACUUUGAAGGGAUGUUUAGAAAAGCAAUAUUUCAGGUGGACGGAAGAGGCCCAAAAAGCGUUUGAAGAUCUCAAAGAAUACUUGUGCCAUUUACCUAUGAUUACAGCCCCAACCCUAGGGGAAACGCUGCAGAUAUACUUAGCUGUGUCAGAAGAAACUGUCAGUGCAGUACUGGUGACAAAUAAAAAAGAAGCAAGAAGGUUGAGAAGAUACUUUCAAGCGCAUCCUAUUCAAGUGCUAACAGACAAACCAAUUAAGCAAGUGCUAACAAGACCAGAAGUUUCAGGAAGGUUAGCCAAAUGGGCAAUCGAACUAGGGGAACAUGAAAUUGAGUUCCGGCCAAGGAGUUCAGUGAAAGGCCAAAUAUUAGCAGACUUUCUAGCUGAAGUACCCAAAGAAGAACCAAAAGGCAAGAGAAAAGCUACACCUGAGCAAAACCCCGAAGACAAGCAAGAUGUAUCCCCAGAAACUUGGAAGCUUUUCACCGAUGGAGCCUCCAGUGCAGAUGCAUCAGGAGCUGGUCUAAUCUUAACAAAUCCGGAAGGUCAAGAAUUUACUUAUGCUCUACGCUUCAACUUCAAAGCCUCCAAUAAUGUAGCCGAAUAUGAAGCCCUACUAGCAGGAUUAAGGAUUGCCAAGGAAAUGAAGGUACAACACCUACAUGCUUGUGUUGAUUCACAGAUAGUCGCGUUCCAAGUGGAUGGAACAUAUGAGGCUAAGGAGCCAACCAUGAAGAAGUACCUGGAAAAAGUCAGAGAAAUCAGGAAGCAAUUCAAGAGCUUCCGGAUUGAGAACAUUAGCAGAAAUAGAAACAAGAUAGCGGACGCACUGAGCAAACUUGCAUCAACUUCUUUUGCCCAUCUAACAAAAGAAGUCCUUGUAGAAACCCUGCAAAAAAGUUCCAUAGAAGAAGAGAUAACGGUGGCCCCAAUAGAAGAAGAGGGAGUCACAUGGAUGACACCAAUAAUCGAUUACUUAACAAGCGGGUUACUACCGGCUGACAAGGAUGAGGCAAGGAAGAUAAAAAUCAAAGCUCCGCAAUAUGUUUUAAGAGAGGAAGGCUUGUACAGAAAAUCUUAUUUAGGACCACUAUUAAGAUGUAUGGGACCAAGGCAAGCACAAGAAGUUAUCAGAGAAGUUCAUUAUGGAUCAUGCGGCGCACACGCUGGCCCCAGGAUGGUAGUAGCAAAGAUCACCAAGAUGGGAUAUUACUGGCCCUCCAUGUACAACGAUACCUUGCGGGAAAUCCAAAACUGUUAUUCUUGUCAAAUACACGCAACAGUCCCAAAGCUGCCCAAGAGUGAGCUCAUACCAGUAACAUCGGCUUGGCCCUUCUCCAAGUGGGGCAUCAACAUUGUCGGCCCUUUUCCAAAAGCACAAGGAAAAGUCAAGUUCCUGGUGGUUGCAGUAGACUAUUUUACAAAGUGA